AUGGCUAGACUUGACCGAUUUCUCGUUUCGACUGAAUGGGAUCAGGAAUUUCCUCUAACCAAGGUCGAAAGUCUCCCGAGAGUAACGUCGGACCACUUUCCCAUUCUACUAUCAUCUGAGAGUAAUGUUCCUAGGACAAGGAAGAUUUUUCGGUUCGAAGACGUAUGGCUUACUCAUGAGGACUUGGUUUCCAAAUUGCCCGGUUGGUGGCAAGAAGAGAGAGAGGAUCUAAACAUUAGAGGUGUAAAGAAUAAACUUAUGGGAGAAAUCCAUGAGAUCGAUAAAGUAGAAGAGCAGAGGGAUCUAACACAGGAUGUUCUUAAGAAAAUAGAUGUGCUAAAAGGCAAAUUAAGUAGAGUGCUGAAAGACGAAGAAGUUUUAUGGCGAACCAGAGCAAAGCAACAUUGUCUUCGGGAGGGCGAUGGUAAUACCAGGUUCUUUCAUGCGAUAGCUAACGGGCAAAGGCGAACUAACAGGUUUUUCACGCCGGAUGAGUCGGCCCUAUCGUCGUUUGGGGAAUGGAGCAGCCUAUUCAGUUCGAACCGUGUAAACCCUACCAACAUAACGCAUGUCACGAGGCCUUUUGAUAUAGAGGAAAUAAAACAAGCGGAGAUGGACGCGGGAAAACUGUCCACUAGUCCCAUCGAUUAUGCCUUUAUUUGCUUAAUCCCGAAUAAGGAAGGAGCUAAACGAACGGAUGACUUUCGACCCAUAAGUCUACUGAAUGGGAUACAGAAGAUCAUAUCUAAGGUAUUGGCUAAUCGAUUAGAGUGUUUAAUGAGCGAACUGAUAUUCCCAUCCCAAUCGUCAUUCCUAAAGAGGAGGAACAUCACUGAUGCCUAUGCAGCGGUCUGCGAGCUUAUGGGUUGGGGUAGCAAGCUGGCGGUAGAGGGAGUUGGGGUCGCAGUAUUAGUCAAUGGUGAGGCAACCAACUGGAUAAAAAUGAAUAGAAGGGUAAGGCAGAGGGAUCCACUUCCCCCUUUCCUAUUUCUUUUAAUAGCAGAAUGCCUUAUCCGGAUGACGAAUGAGGCAACUUCGAACAACCUCAUAAAAGGUCUUGGUCUCUCAGAUACAGCUAGGGUUACCGUUGUUCAAUAUGCAGAUGAUACUUUCUUUUUCUCUGAGGCCAAGAGAAGUUAUAUGAGAAAUUUGAAAUUCUUGUGGCUACUUUUUGAAUGA